ACCACCACCACCACCACUACCAGGUGUAUUAUCGACAUUCAAGAACAUCACUUGUUCCGGCAGGGAUGAAGGAAUAUAUUUUUAGUACUUUGUGGACAUUGAGUUCGGCGUCAAUGCUGGGGUAGUUGGCCGAAUCCACCGCAUUCCAGAGACGAUACCUCUCCAGCCACCGCGAGGAAGUCUCAGGUCCAAUUCUCCUGCCAAUGUGACUGCCAGAACCGGUAAUUUCCGGCUCUCUGACAGUUUGCUCGCGGGGUCAGAAGCCACUUGUUGAGGAUUUUGAGUCUAUCUGUGCUGCAACUUCCGCAAGCGACAAUGGAUAGAGCCUUCCGCUUCAUCUAGUUCCCCCCUGCCUUCGACUUUGCGACUAUAUUAAUUUGGGAGAACAACAAUGUUGAAACAAUGCUCGUUCUGAUCCAUUUGUUUUUGAUAAACUCUAGUCUCUGAGUUCGAGCAUGCAACUACACCAUGGGUCGCAUCCAUGAUGUUGAAUCAUACGGCGAAGCCGACGAUGAGCAGGAUUCACCACGCCAGUCCUGGACAAGUCUGCUCAUAUGGUGCGCUAUAAGCUAUAUAUGCAUGAUUGCGAUAUUUAUUCGCGUAUGCUGUCCAGACUUGUCGCUUUUGAAGCUAGGGUUACUCCCACUAUUUGUUCCCGGAAGCUCUCCGACUCUUUUCUAUGCCUUUUCGUCCAGCGCUGGCCAUUUCAGCAAGCCAAGGGCCAUUGAAAUCGUGGCUUUGGUUCCUUUUCACGAAUAUAAAAGAACAGAAAUAUUGAAUUGCUAUCUACAGAAAAACCUCGCCUCCAAUGAUGGGUUCCUUGACAGAGUGGUAUUUAUUCCACAAACGAACGACACAGAUAGUCUUAGAUGGCUUGCGGCCACGGUCGAGGAAACCCCCUCCUAUUCGGUUUCCCGUUCCAGAACCUUCCCAACCGAAAUAGUUGAUCAGGGUGAAAAUAUGCUGUUUGUCUGGAUCGAUGGUGAUGUCGUAUUUCUCGAGGAUCAUACGAUCCCAACUACCGUGAAAACCAAGUUGGAUCAUUCCGACUCGAUAAUAGUUUCCGCCAAUGUUGUGAAUCAAGGAGUGCUCGAAAGCCUCCACAGCCACCCUUCGGUUGCGCUCCCCUAUCGCCCAGAGUUACAACCGUCCCAGGAUUCUGUCGAUCAAAACUCCUGGCGUGCCUCAACUCUACCAUCCUGGAACGGACCCAAAGGCUUUAAGGUACAUAAAGGGUUCACUUCACCAUUUAGGAAUCACCGUUGGCUCCCAUCUAGCGAUGAAGACUUCGACCACACCCCGAUUGGAAUGGCCAUGUACACAGAGAGUGGACCAGGAUUGGACGAUUGGACCGUGAAAGCUCAGCAGCAUUAUUCUUUUUUACAUCGCCUUGAGACGGGAAGUCUAAACCGAUAUAAGUUUCCCAUGUGGAAGCAACCAACUGAUCCUAUCAGUCAAAACUUCUUUUGUUUCAUGGGUCGUGAUGGGGCCGCUGUUGAGUCGUUCAUUCAGCGUGGCAGUUCAAACAAAGGAAAAUCGAAAGAUGAAUCUGAGGUGGAAGCCACAGAUAUCAUCAUAGAUGGCAAGGGACUGGCUGCUCACUAUGUGACUGGGCCAAGGCUGAGGUCCCUGGACGACACUGAUGUGCUGAGCCGGUACCAAGCAUAUGCUCGAGAGAUGGUGUGCCCGAGAUUGGCCUGAUAUUAUGGAGUUGAUAUACAGUUUUUAAUUUGUACAUAUAGUUAGAUACCCGUGACUUUUGGGGCUUCAUAUGUUUAAUAUCCCAUGAUAUCAAUACAGUCAGAAUCUUGAAUUCCG